AUGGGCUAUUUUUCUUUAUCAAUUUUACAAGAGAAAAAAAGUCAAGAACAAAAAGGUCAAAACAAAACUUUUUAUUUAUUUUCGCUCAUAACCGAUAUCUAUCAACACAAUUUACUGACGCAGCCUGGUUGCGAAGUAUUGAACUAUCUCCAAGCCAAGCGCCAAUUGGAUAAAAAAACCAUUGACUAUUUUGGCUUAGCCAAUCCCGAAGGAAAAACAGUGGCUUAUGCCGCUCGCAAAAUUGGGGAAAUAGCACCUGGGGAAGGAAAAUAUAAAUAUUUACCUAGUUAUCAGCAUUAUCAAAAAUCUUUUUUAUUAUAUAAUUACUCAGCAGUGAAAAAAAAUCGUGCCGAAGAGUGCUAUUUGGUCGAAGGAUUCUUUGAUGUAAUUAGUUUGAAUAAAAUAGGGGUAGAAAAUUGUCUAGCACUACUAGGAACCAAUUUAUCAGAAGAACAAAUUAAACUUCUAAACGCAUUAAAGAAACGAAUUAUUCUCUUUUUGGAUAGCGACAAAGCCGGACAAGAAGCCACUAUUAAUUCAGCAGUACAAUUAUUAUUGUGGGAAAUCGAUUGCGAAAUAAUAAAAAAUUAUUACUCUGGCGAUCCCGACGAAAUUUGUCGUCAACUUGACCAAGAAAAGGAGAAAGAAUUAUUGAAAGCAGCUAAGCCAGUAGUAACGCUUUUCUCAGCCAUUGGUAGUUUACAAAAAGAAAUUUCUGAAAAGGAAAAAGGAACCAAAAAAAAGAAAGUCUUACCCGGAGAGAUUGAAAAAUUAAAAACCGAAUUAAAAAAAAAGGAAAAAGAAUUACAAAAAUUGGGCGAGGAAAAAAUUACUAAGGGCAAAAAAGCCAUUCGUUUUCUGCUCCACUAUAAUCAAAAUUUGGUGAAGUACAUUGUUAAGGGUUAUUCUUCUUUCGGGGGCAAAGUUGACCACGAGGAAUUGACCGCCGAGGGAAUUUCUUCGCUACCGAAAGCGAUUGAGAAAUUUGACUUGAAUAGUAAAAAUCGCUUUGCUACUUAUGCUGAAAAGAAAAGUGUAAUUUACUAUGAUAAUAAUUAUCGCAAUGAUGAUAAGGAGAGCAAAUCUUAUUCGUUAGUAGAUACUUUGCACGAUGACGAAAAUACUGAAUUAACUGCUAACCAGGUUCGCCACCAAGAUACGGUAAUUCAAACUAAUAAUCUAAUUAAUUCCUUAGGAAAUCGAGAGGCAAUUUUGUUAGUUAGAUUAAUGUAUAAAAUAACUCCUUCCAAUUUAGUUGAUAUUUAUUAUUUAGCGACCGAAGAGGAAAAAAAAGAGUUAAAAAAAAAGAUGAAAUUGGGUGAUAAAUCUAAUCCAGAAUUGCUGGAAAAAUACUCCUUUGAAGAAAAAAAAAUUAGUAAUUUGCCACUGGUCAAAAGUUAUUUAUCGUUAUUCGCCAAAAGUUAUAAGUUUUCCGAAUUAAGCAAGAUAAUUAAUAAGUCCGAAAAUGCCGCUCGUAAGUUAAAACAAGAAAGUUUCAAGAAAUUACAAAAAUUAGCCAAAGAAAGAAAUUUGCACUUUUUGGUUAAUCCUCAAAAGUCCGGAAUAUGUAAAAAAGUGGGAGUCCUGAAACCCCGCAAACCUAAUUCCGCUAACCGAGCCUACGCCCGAGUAGUAUUGAAAAACAAAAAAGAAAUCACUGUUUAUAUUCCUGGUGAAAAACAUAAUCUACAAGAAUAUUCUUCGGUGCUCAUCAGUGGUGGCGGAGCCAAGGACUUAUCUGGAGUAAAAUACCAUGUCAUUCGUGGUUGUGGUGAUACCGAAGGAGUAAAGGAUAGAAAACAAGUAAUUAAAAAACAUCCAGUUAAACCUGAUAAAAAAUUUGCUUCUCCGGUGGUUAGUCAACUUAUUAAUAAGGUAAUGAGGUGCGGAGAAAAAAGAAAGGCCACCAACAUAGUUUACCAAUCAGCCGAAAUAAUUGAAAAAAAUACUUCAACUCCUUUUUUAACUAUUUUAGAAGGAGCUUUGGUUAAUGUUAAACCAGCUAUCGAAAUGAAAAGUCGCAAAAUUGUAAAUGGCGCCAAAGAAAAAAAAAGCACUAACCCUAUCUAUGAAAAAUUAGCUGAGGAAAUCAAAAACGCUUACAAUAAAUCCGGUGAAGCCUUCAAGAAAAAGGAAAUCCUCUACAAAGAAGCAGAAUCUGGCAGUAGUGGAGAAAUAAUCAGACACCAUCCAAUAAUUCCUUUUAAGCAUUAUCGGAGAAUAGCCGAGCAAAUUGCUUGGACUGAGGAGUCUAAAUAUCGUAAAGGUUAUUAUGAAUUGGCUAAUAGGAAUUGUGAACAUUUCGCUAAUAUGAUAGUUUACGGAAUAGAUUAUUCCGAGCAGAUAGAAGAACGCAAAGAAGAAGUUUUUUCUGGGAAAUUAGUCAAAAAUGCUUUUUCUCCUUUCCUUAAUCCCGAUGAUCGCAUUAUUAAUAAUCAUAAAGGUUCAUCUAUUAGAUUAGACAAUGAAAUAAAAAAAAAAAGUAAUAAUGAGCUAGGCUGGAAAACUAAUGAUCGUUCCCGAUCGAUAGAAGCAAGCAUCGAAAUUCAUCCCAAACAAAAGUGUAAAAUAAUGUUUGCUUAUAUUUCAUUUUCCAAAGACAAAGAAAAAAAAUUAGUACAUAUCCGUAAUAUUGGCAUUGCCGCGCAUAUUGACGCUGGCAAAACUACCACCACUGAACGAAUACUUUUCCACAGUGGAAAAAUUCACAAAAUUGGUGAAGUCCAUGAAGGAACAGCUACCAUGGACUCCAUGGAUCAAGAGCAAGAACGAGGAAUUACUAUCCAAUCAGCUGCUACCACCGUCUACUGA